AUGGCAAAGAAAGCCACACCAACCGAUUUAUCGUCUUCUGAAUUCAAUGAGGAAACAACGUCGUCGGAUGAUCAAGAGAAAACAUCAACAAAGAGAAGAUCGAAGAAAAAUUCAGUUAAAAGUUAUGUUACUGAUAUUUUAUCAAAACGUGAAAGUGAAGAUGGACAACCAGCCGAUUUGGCUCAAACUGAAAUUAGAAUUGAUUCAUCAUCUGAUAGUUAUCGAAAUAAUGACAUCGCAUCGGCAUUCCGACAUUAUCCAUCGAAUCCGGAAGGCAAUGUUCGAACUAAUGCUCAACGACAGCAAGGACAAAGCACUAGUAGUGAUGAAGAAACAGGACGUGAAUUGCCGACAGAACACUCAGGUGAUGCUGAUGAUUCAAUUGCAGAACUGAAUUUAGAUCCAAAUCCAAUUUACGAACAACGCGAAAGUGCAGAACAAGUCUAUAAACAAAAAGUUUAUCUACGUCAAUUACAACCACCAACGCCUCAACCAGUCGAAAUUCAAGUACAAGAAGUGUUGAUUAAUGCUCAAACAGACAAGCCACCAAUACAUGUUCAUGUCGGUCAUCGAGCACCUCGAACCCCAUCACCAAUUAUUAUUAAAACCGCACCACCACCGCCUCCUCCACUAUCCGAUACAAAUCAACCAGUUAUUUAUAAUAAAUACGUUCCACCACCAAAACAACCACCGCAACAGGUCAUCAUUCAUCGUCAUCCCGAUAUGCCACCCAAACCACGUCCAAUCAUCGUCGAACAAUGGUUACCAUAUAAACCUGCACCAAAACGAAUCAUAAAACAUUCCAUACCUCGUGAAGCAUUACAAACUCCUCCACCACCACAUAACAUCAUUGUUGCUUACUCCAAACCGCGUGCAAUCAUUGAAGUUGAACUCGUUCGUUUACCAGUAGUCAAAAUCGAUCCUCAACAAUAUCAACAAAUGACUAUUAAUGGUAGUCUCGAUGCAAUGCAAUAUCCACAGUUUCAACAUGAACAACAAUAUUUUUCGAGAAACCGACCAGCACGAUCAGCUAGUAGUUCCGAUCAGAUUAAUUGGCGUAUUUGA